UCCCUGUCUUUCCCCGCACUGUGGACUGAAAACAAGAACGCAUGUCAUUCCAUUUUUUUUUUGACUGAAUAUUUCAGGUUCUUUUUGUACACGAACGUAUACCUGCUGCUCGGAGACAGAUUCUGCGUCAAAAAGACAAACAGCCCUUCCUGUCUUUCUUUCUUUCAAGCUGGCGAAGGAACGUGAAGGCUGUCGGUUAUAAUGUCACAGGCCACUAAACGCAAACACGUUGUCAAGGAGGUUCUUGGAGACUUUGUCACACCCACAGAAAACCAGCAGAUCGUAAAGGUAACUGGGAGCCGUGGUAACAACCUACAUGAUGCUGUAACAGCUCAGGGUGAGACCUUCUUGGUGAGCAUGCCCACCAAGUUCCGCAAGAACAUCUGGAUCAAGAGAGGUGACUAUGUGAUUGUGGAUCCUAUUGAAGAAGGAGAGAAGGUGAAGGCAGAGAUCAGCUUUAUUCUCUACAAGGAUCACAUUCAAUACCUACAAAAACAGAACCUCUGGCCAGAGGGCUUUAUGGACGAGCAUUCGACGCAGGAUAAGACAAAGAAAAAGCUGGAAAAGGACGAGGACGCUAGCGAUUCUGAAGAUGACGAUAGCGACCUCUUUGUAAACACUAACCGCUGUAACUAUCAGUACAGUGAAAGUGAGGAGGAGGAGGACGAUAGCGAAGAGGAUGAGGACAGGGAUCAGGACAAAGAGAAAAGGAGGGAAAAUGCCUCAUAGCAGCAGCACUGAGGACACGGACAAUCAGGAGUUGUGAAACAGAUGCGACAGCAUGCUCCCCUGUAUUGCUGUCAUCACUGACUGACGCUAUGAUGAUCUGAAGCAAUGGUCCACCUGCAACAGCGCCCUCUGCAGUUCAUGUACUGAAUGGCUGGGCUCAUUCAAUGUAUUUAGUAAUUCCUGCUUGUUUUACAAAUCUGUGAGAUUAAAAUGUAUCUGAAAUUUAACAUGGGAUACAUUUCUAGUGUUUUUUUCUGAUGAUAGGUCCAUUGCACAUCACUGGUACCUUAUAUAAAAGGGCACACAGUAUAUUUGUACGAUGACGUUAAAUUUAUGCAACCUUUUCCGUAGAAACCUGUUUAAUUUUGCUGCCAAAGAAAAUCCAAAUGUCCUAUUGGUGCUGGAUAUGGUUCUAAAAAUUAUUGUAUCAGCUUGAGUUACAAAUGAAAGCUGUUUUAUUUUCAUCUUAUCCAGCAGCAAAAGUUAAUUUGUGAAAUGACUGAAAAGCUUUUGAAAUGGAAUAAAUCCCAAGCAGAGUAUGCUUAUGUCACACUGA